AUGUCACUUUGCACUUCCAAGCAGUGUUUUCAAAGGCAUACCUUCGCGCGCAUCGGUGUGAGGCGAGAGGAAAACGCCCGAGGCGGUCGACUGUUUCGCGAGGUGCACGUUUGGCGCUGGGAAGGCGUGAGAAGGCGUUCCAAGGCGGGGCCAAGUGGAGCGAGGCGUUGCAAGGCUGAAAUGACUUCGUUUCACUUGGAGUGUGUUGAAAAAUUAAAAAACAUAACCCCAUCAAUUUCAAGAAUUCUCUUCAUCUUUCAACUGCAAAAAGUUCCUGAGCAUGUGAAAAAAGAGUGUGCCGCAACUUUGAAAAAUCUUCAGCUUGAAAAAAGGAAGAAAAAUGAAAUGCUUAGAGAGAUUGGGGAUGGUCUAGGAGGAGGGGCUCUGAGUGUGGAAACUUCAUUGGAUGAAUAA